AUGUUGGCAGAUUCAAGAUCCAAUCGCCUACAAUGGGUUUUCCUCUUCAUCAUUGCUGCGUCAUCCUCAUCUGCAGCAACUUUUGGUAGAGAGCGCCGGCGACUAUUCGGAGCGGGGAAAUCAUGGGGACCAAACCAAUUUGCUGGAAGAUCCCGAACAAGAAGCGCCGAUCUUUUGAACCACAGAGGAGGACAUCUCCCACCAGACUCCAGUUCUAGCGACGUGUCAGCCCUCACAAACCCUCCACGGGGUGGAUCAACAACAGUUAAGAAAGAUCAGAUGCCAAAUGAGAGUUUCAAAUGGUCGAGAGACCUCCUCGCAGACAAAGAUGGGUUUGUAGAACCAAUAUGCCGAACCGAUGAUGAUUGUUCGAGAUUUUCUUUGUUCCCAAUUGAACAUUCGGAUCUAUGGAGUAUGUACAAACAACACGUAGCGUCCUUCUGGACGGCAGACGAAAUUGACCUCUCCGCCGAUCUGACAGAUUGGCACGAAAACCUAACGGACAAUGAAAGACAUUUUGUUUCAAUGGUUCUAGCUUUUUUUGCUGGAGCAGAUGGUAUUGUUGUCGAAAACCUCGCAGAACGAUUCUGCCGAGAAGUAACAGUACCAGAAGCUAGAUGUUUCUACGGUUUCCAAAUGGCAAUGGAGAGUAUUCAUCAAGAGACAUACUGCCUUCUUAUCGAUACGUACAUCACGAAUCCAGAGGAUCGCGAAGUUCUCUUUUCAGCGCACACCAGUGUGCCAAGUGUGGAGAAGAAAGCGAAAUGGGCACAACGGUAUAUUGGAUCGGAUGCCUCAUUCGCGGAGCGCCUCGUUGCGUUUGCAGCUGUGGAAGGAAUUUUCUUCUCGGGAGCAUUCUGCGCAAUUUUUUGGUUGAAGAAGAGGGGUUUGAUGCCAGGAUUGACAUUCUCCAACGAACUGAUUAGCCGAGACGAAGGCCUUCACUGCUCAUUCGCUUGCCAGCUUUACAACAAGCUGGAGAAAAGGCUUUCCGAGGAGGAUAUCCACCGACUGAUAGGAGAAGCCGUUGGGGUUGAGAAGGGCUUCGUUUGUGACGCAUUGCCUGUGAGCCUGAUCGGAAUGAACAAGUCUCUGAUGUCGCAGUACAUUGAGUUUGUUGCAGAUCGUCUGUUGAGUGAUUUGGGAUACCGACCACUCUUUGGGAGCAAGAAUCCCUUUGACUGGAUGGAUAUGAUAAGUCUUGAAGGGAAGACAAACUUCUUCGAAAAAAGAGUGGCAGAGUAUCAGAAAAGUGGAGUCAUGGCAUCGCUAGAAAACCCUUCAGCCAAGAAUCAGUUAAACUUUGAUGCAGACUUUUAG